AUGUUUAAAAAGCAAAAAUAGUCUCUGAUUGAUUUACCUGAAGUUGUGAUAAGAGAUAGAAACAAUCUGGACGACUACCUUUAUUAGCCGAAUACACUGUUUGAUUACAUUGACAUUGUAUUCGUAGAUGGAGAUGGCAGUUUACUACCUUGGUAAAAAAAAUGUGAUAAGCUCUCCAGGCUAUUUAAAAUGUGCAAAAUUACCAAUAAAUGUCUAUUUGCUGCUGGAUUUGGAAUGUAGAUGCUAAUCUAUUUCUGCGCUACUAACUUCGCAUAGCUAAAAGUCCUUAACAAUAAUGAAAAGGGAGGAGCUCUUUCUGGCAUUCAAGACAUGAAUUCUAAAAUAUUGCCAACAUUGGAAAAGAAUCAAGUAUUUUUAGAUAAUCUCACUGGAGAUUACUACUAGUAUGAAAGAGAAAAGAAUGAAUGGAAGCCAGUGGGAAAUGUAGGAUUGCACUAUUCAAGAGCAAUGGCAUCACAUGGUGGUCUAACUGGAGGAGAUCUUAUUAAAAAGGUAUCUACCUAUACAGAGAAGAAUAACUUCAAUAAGCCAUAGCUGUUUUUCUCAAAGUUGACAGAUGUAAAAUGCAGUAUAAAGAAACAGUACAUUUCACAUCCACUUCUCUAACAAUUACCCUAAGAGUUCGUAGUAGACAAUCAUAAUUCAUGGGAUCCUCAUCCAGUUAAUAUCACCAAUAUCUAAUAAAUACAAACUAACUAUGAUACACUGGCUGAGUCAGAAAGAGGACCUUAGAUAGUUUAGCAUAUGAAUACAGUUGCAGUAUAGUUUCAUAUCGAUAGAAAAUAUAAAGAGAGUUUAACAGUCCUAUAAAACUUCAUAAUUAUCAAGCUAGGAUUAUUCCAAUCUCAGGGGAAGAUUGAUUUUACAUUAGACUAAGCUUAUCUCAGAUAGUUUGUUAGAUCUUAGUGGAACAAUAAAAACAAACUCAAAGAUAGAGAAGAAGGUAGUCAGACCUUAAACAGCGACUUUGAAAUUUACAAAAGAAUUUUAGCAUUCGGGUAUGGGAUAUUCGAAAAGAUGAGGUGCUGUUAUCGUCGAUAAUAAUGCAGUAAGUUAAAUUCCAAUUCUAGCUCCAACGUUAAGAGAGUAAACUAGAAAAGAAUUAAUCUAGAUCUAAAUGAGAUCAUAGCAUUAAAAGGAAAAUAAAUCACUCACAAGGACAAUGCAAAAUAAUAAUAGUACUGCUCAGCCAUCAAACUAGACUCUCUAAAUAGACCUUAAGAAAAAAUCAAUUUUCAAACUGAAUAUGAUUCAGCUAGUAUUAUUUUCCAAGGUUCAAUGAGACCCAUUUCAGCUAUUCCAAGGAAGGGUGGGCUUUCCAGAGUUGGCAGUGCUAAGAGUAAUCUGAGAGAAAAACCUAGGAGCACUUUAAGACAUUUGAGGAACUAUUAAAUUGAGAAAGAGUUUUAGUCUUAACUCAAAAGUGAUGCUGAGUAGUAUCUCUGGAAAAAUCAGAAAGAAUUAAGAUAGAUGCUACAUCCUACAUUAUGUGAAGAAUUCUUACCUGAAGAUCGUGAUAUGACCACUAAACAAAAUUCGUUGAUAUCAAGGAAUGUCACAAAUCAAACUCCUAGUAGAAGAGUUUUCAACAGAUUCAAAGAAUUUCAAUAGCUCCCUUAAUACGACAUAGAAAAGCCUAUCAUCAGAAUAUCAUCUCCUUAUGUUGGGUGCGAAGAGGAGUAAACAAGAAAAAGAGACAGAGAAAUUAAAUAGAAGAGCAUUGUGCCACAGGAUUUCAAAACUAGCUUUGGAAAAGCUUCUAUAAACAAUAAUACUAAUUUUAUUCCAAACUAUGUUACAAUGGAUCCCUCUUAACCACCACUUUUGCAUAAAUUUAGAUAAGACACUAAAGACUAAUGGUUGAAGGGAACAUUCAAACUCUGA